AUGAUCGCCACAGCGUUACUCCUCACUCUGGCCGUCGGCGCCCUGUCGCAUCUGGUAUAUCUGUGCUAUUUCCAUCCUCUGGCCCAGUAUCCCGGUCCAUGGCUCGCGCGCUUCACCAAUUUUUGGAGACUAUUAGCCUUUCGCUCCGGCCGCCAACACCUCACUGAACUCGCCCUGCACCGCCGGUACGGCCAUGUCGUGCGCGUCGGCCCGAAUUGGCUGUCCUUUGAGACGCUGGCGGAUUUCGAGGCGAUUUAUGGGUUUAAUCGGGAUAUUGAAAAGGACGAGUUCUACAAUUUUGGUCGUAGCAACAAAAGACAAGGGUUUAGUCUGUUUACGGCAAAGACGGAUGCUCAGCAUCGCGACAGGCGGAAAAAAGUGGUUACGCCGGCGUUGACGUUGGCGAAAGUGGGUGGGUAUGUGGAGGUGGUGAGGAAGAAUGUUGGCGUGUUGUUGGCGCGGUUGGACGAUGCUGUUGUUGUUGUUGCUGCAACACAGAGAGACGGAAAAGAGGGAAAAGUGAAUGUGGCUAGGAUUUUGCAUCGGUUUACUAUUGAUACCUCGCUCGAGGUCAUCUAUGGCCCUCAUGUGUGUCCGCAGCCGGUGACUGAUAUCCCCGCCACGGCGGGGUUUCCUGAAGCUAUUAAACUGGCUGGCAAGUCGGCCUGGACGGCGUCUUUGCUGCCGCUGCCCGCCUGGUUUAUGAGCUUGCGGAUCGUGAUGGCUUUGACUGGACGACUCGAUAACUCAAACAACAAGCACGCAACGCCAGUCAAUCUGGCAGCAGUGGCUGCGACCUCGGCCAAACUCAUCUUCAACCCGCAGCGCGAGGAGUUGUUGUCUCAGCACCAACAAAACAGCAUCCUCAAGCACUGGGUCGCCCUGCCGUCCGACGACAGCCGCAAGAUGCCGCCCUCGGAACUGUGGAGCGAAGCCUUUAACCUGGUGCUCGCAGGCACCGGCAGUAGCGCCGCCGCGCUGACGGCGCUUUUGCAUCGCCUUGGGCUCGGCGCGGGCAAGCCAUGGCAGACCAAGAUCCGCGCUGAGAUUGCUGCUCAGCAGAGUAAUGAUAUACCCUCGUCGUCGACGUUUCCCGUGCUCUUCGCGGUCAUCAAGGAGACUCUCCGUCUCGACGCGCCUUUCCCCACGGCGUUUCCCCGCACUAUUCGCGCUGGGGCAGAGAACGCACUGCCGGGGUUGCCCACGGCAUUGCCCGUAGGCACCAGGGUAUCAGCGAGUACAUUCGUCCUGGGCCGGUCACACCGUCUCUGGGGCGCCGAUGCGGACGAGUGGAAGCCUGAACGGUGGCUUGACGGAGAUCACCACGAAGACCUAGACGAGCGGUUCGUCGCGUUCAGCAAGGGUGCGCGACAGUGCGUUGGCCGCGACUUGGCCAUACUGAUGACUGCGAGCGCGGCCAUUGCAGUCCUCAAACAGUGGGAGCUGAGCAGUGUGGGCGCGCUGGAAGGAAACAGCAGUUUCCUGGAGAUGUCGUACGACUCGUGCUGGCUCCGGUUUGAGGAGACGAAUAACGAAUAA